GCCUAAGCCGCCCGCAUUCUUCAUAGCAAGUGGAGAGGGAGUGUCAGUCUUAUGGACAUGUUGCGAACCUUACGAGGUUGAUAUCCUUCCCUCUGCGACUAAAGCCCUAAAUUUCGAAGAAAAGGAAAGGGCACCGAACAGAGGGCUCUGCCAACCGUUUUCGUUUUCUAGCGCCGUUCUUUGCUAUCCCGCGGGACCCUUAUGCUCCAAACAGCGUGAAGUUGACGCAUUUCCGGUUCCCUACGUUGUUUACUCGUUAUAAUUUGCUGUAAUUGAGGCUCUCAUUCUGAUUUUGUAAGAAAUAACAAGAAUUGAUAACGAUGUCAGCCACCCGAUUGAGUAAGGGUGUUAUAACGAAACCAACAAGGCCAUUAUCUUCAUCGCGAUGUGGCAAUGUUCGUAAUUCCUUUGUGGGAAUUGACAGGAAGGGGAUAGGCAAUGCAGAUAUUGUGGGGGGAUUCCAUUUGUCUUCAAGGCAUAGAACACUAUUGUCACCGCUGGUGACCCGUCGGAGAAAACCUGGGUUUAAUGUGUGUGGUAGUCAGUUGAAUUCAGAUUGUGAUGUGGGUGCCUCUGAUGUGGAAGAAAGAUUGACUGUAGGGGAGGAAGAGCUCUUGAGCAGUUCAGGGGAGGACACUACUCCUGAAUUGACAGGAACUCCUGUCGGUCAAUCACAGUCUCAGGAUGCCAAACGUGAACUUUUAAUGCUUUCUUUGCCUGCCAUUGCCGGACAGGCUCUUGAACCUUUAGCACAGUUGAUGGAGACUGCCUAUAUCGGUAGAUUAGGUCCUGUGGAGUUGGGUUCAGCUGGUGUUUCCACAAAUAUUUUUAACUACAUAUCAAAGCUAUUUAAUAUUCCUCUCCUUAGUAUUGCUACUUCUUUUGUUGCUGAAGACAUUUCAAAAAAUGCAAGCAAAGAUUCUGCUUCAGAAGGGGGUUGUCUAGAAGGCAGUACUAAUGGUAAACCAUUUAAUGGAGUAGCUGAAAGAAAGCAACUAGCUUCAGUGUCUACAGCUUUACUGUUAGCAGUUGCGAUUGGUAUUAUUGAGGCUAUAGCCUUGUAUUUGGGAUCUGGAAAGUUUCUAGGUUUGAUGGGUAUAUCAUCCGAUUCACCCAUGCGCAUUCCAGCACAACGAUUUCUUUCACUUAGAGCACUUGGUGCUCCUGCAGUUGUGGUGUCUUUGGCUCUUCAGGGCGUUUUCCGUGGUUUUAAGGAUACAAAAACUCCCGUUUUUUGUCUAGGUAUUGGUAAUCUGUUAGCUGUAUUUUUGUUUCCCACUCUAAUUUAUUAUUUUCGAUUGGGUGCAACUGGAGCUGCCAUAUCCACUGUCAUGUCUCAGUACAUUGUUACCUUCUUACUGAUCUGGCAAUUAAACAAGAGAGCUGUAUUAUUGCCUCCAAAGAUGGGAUCACUUCAAUUUGGUGGAUAUAUAAAAUCUGGUGGCUUUCUUCUUGGAAGAACUCUUGCUGUUCUUACAACCAUGACAUUGGGGACGUCAAUGGCUGCUCGUCAAGGUCCGGUAGCUAUGGCUGCACAUCAGAUAUGUAUUCAAGUAUGGCUAGCUGUAUCCCUCCUUACAGAUGCACUGGCUGCAUCUUGUCAGGCCCUGGUUGCGAGUUCUUUAUCUAAAGGUGACUACCAGACUGUAAAGGACAUUACACACUUUGUGUUAAAGAUAGGAUUGAUCACUGGAAUUUGCUUGUCUGCAAUUCUGGGUCUUUCUUUUGGUUCUUUGGCCACCGUGUUCACCAAGGAUGCUGAAGUUUUAGGAAUUGUUAAAAUGGGGGUAUUGUUUGUCAGUGCUAGUCAACCUUUGAAUGCACUGGCUUAUAUUUUUGAUGGUCUCCAUUUUGGUAUUUCAGACUUCCCAUAUGCAGCUUGCUCGAUGAUGAUAGUAGGGGCAAUAUGUUCAGUAUUUUUGCUCUAUGCUCCUUCAAUUAUUGGUCUUCCUGGGGUUUGGUGGGGAUUGACACUCUUUAUGGGCCUACGAACGGUGGCAGGAUUUAUGAGAUUACUAUCAAAAAGGGGUCCAUGGUGGUUCCUGCACAGGGACUUGCAGAGACUUGAGUGGGUGGGUAAAUCUUCCUAGUUCCAAGCCUAUGGAUUCAUUUGAAUAUGUCUUCAAAUACGGUUUAAUUCACCCCAUCAAACUAUGGUAAAAGGUUAUUUGUAAAUUGUAAUUCAUACUUGUUUUUAUAUUUAUUUCCCCCUGAGGAUGUUCUCUGUUUCUGUAGGCGACUGCCAGUUGCUUUUUACACAAAAGUUUUAUAAGAAGAAAACACUAUAAAAACUUUUAUAGAAGCAAAGCAUUUUAUUGGAAUAUUACUUUUUGAAUAUUACUUUUUACUGGCGACAAUAUUCGGUGGAAACUUGGUAGUAUUCGUUUACUAUAGCUACAGUAGAAUCGAAGUAAUUUGAGUUGAUAAAUGCUACACACCCUCACACUCCCAAAUGCACACUCCGGCUAUGGCACUAUAAAUCACUAUUGAAUUCAAAAUCUUAUAGUGAGUUUUAGUGCUACUUCAGCCAUCAUGGAGCGUGUAUUUGAGUGUGUGUAACAUUUUUCGUUCGAGUUGGAAAAAAAAAAAAAAAUGACAAAUAGUCACCUUUCUUUUUGAGACAAGGGAGAUGAACUAAAGUAUUCACAUUGAGGUGAUGUUUUCAGACUCGCACAUUGCUACCUUAAAUGGCUUUCUUAGUUUAUUUGAUAUUGCAUGUAUUUCUUGUUUCUCAAUUGAAAUGGAAAAAAAACUGCUACCAUCUGGUAGAAUCACUCAUAAAAGUUUGCUGGUGAUGGUUUAUCUAUUGAAUCUGUGUGUUUUUCUGCCUUGGAGUUUGGCUUUUGAAUAUAAAACUACUUUUUUUUUUUUUUU